ACUUGCUCUGUUAUGCGGUUCUACACCGGAAGUGACGUGAGAUAUCUUCAUAAGGUUGCUGUAUUCGGUCCUCGACUCGGUUAUUCCGUGUUGGAGGUCAUAUAAAGUGAAUAGCCAUGGGCGGGGAUCACGGCCACAGCAAGCUGCCCAUGCCUGACUACAAGACUUGGAAAUGGGAAGGGACUCCUCUGGAGUUCACCCAACAGCGGCUGGCACGGAGAGGACUCAAGGACCCGUGGGCAAGGAACGAAGCGUGGAGGUACAGCUUCGGCCCCCCCGUCAGUUUCCGUGAAGUGAUGAUGCGCGGAUUUCGAACAGGAUUCAUCGCAUUCGCAGUGGCCCUGGCUGUCGAGUACACGUUCUUCCCUCCGAAGAAAUCGGAGCACUGAGAAGCACCAGAAGAGACACUCGAUCAUCAGACUCUAUUACGUUCACAGCAGGUUCCUCUGCCACCUGUAACACACCUCUGCGUCACGACUCGACGUAUUGUACCUAUGUUUCCUCUAGAAAAAUAAACCGAAGUUCUGACAA